AUGGCAUUUCACGCCGAUGAAGGCGCUCGUACGCCCAUGCGUCGCAAAGCUGAGAGCAAUUAUAUUGAUGUUGAUCGUGAACAAGCGCUGCAUCGUUACGAGAGUUUUCAUGCUAGAACACGUGGUCCAUUUGAUCUAUUGCAAGAAAAAUUUGGGUUUCAAUCGAGUAGUGUCGCAAAUCAAAAGGAAAAUAUGGGAUGUUGGAUUACAAACUACCAGAUGCGUGUACGUGCUGAGGCGCCGGUUGGUGUUGCUGAUAAUACCGACUUUGUCACUCGUAUGGCCCUUGCACGUGUGCAUACCAAGUUUUUUCGAAAUUAUAUGGCCUGGUGUAAGUUCUUACGUACAGUCCCUCGUUGUUUAGACACUGCUAAAGAUAAUACAAACACGUCGAAGAUGGAGAAAGAACUUGCGCUUUUUUUGCUAUUAUGGGGUGAAGCUGGGAACCUUCGUUUUAUGCCCGAGUGCAUUUGUUUUUUAUAUCACAAUAUGGCUGCAAAACUCGAGUAUCUUGACACGUUACCAAAUGUGGGUGAAGGCUCGUAUCUUACAGAAGUUGUGCGUCCCGUUUACUUAGUGAUUGCUCAAAUGCGAUUGGCUACGGCUCCUAAAGGGCAACGUCCAUUUGACCAUCAAGAUACAACGAAUUAUGAUGACGUGAAUGAAUUUUUUUGGACUCGAGAAUGUCUAACAUGUGACGAAUUGAGUGUCGCUAAAGUUCUUUCAGUUCAAGAUUCCAAGACGUUUAAAGAAAAACGUAGUGUGUUUAACCCAAUUUUGGCGUUUUUUCGCUUAUGGUACUUUUUAGUCAUUGUCUUUCACGUAAUGGUCGUGAUUACAUACGUCGCGUACAUGGCGGAAGGUAAUGAUAAUGGAGGUCUUGACUUUUUCUUUCGUGUGUUUACAACGAAUCAAAACAAAAUUCGAGCCCAUGCGUUUUAUACCAUUUUUGUCUCAAUAUGUGGAUUAUUGUCCAUGAAAACGAUGAUGCAAAUUUGGCUCCACGGACUGCGACUUUAUAAGGACUUUUGGAUGGCUUUAGGUGUCUAUUGCCGUUUAUUGUGGCAUACUGUGUUUUUUGCACUCUUUAUGGCAGUUGUCUUGGCACCUGAUUCCUCGGCAAUUAUGGGAGAUUGGAGUAGUACUUUACCUGGCGGUGGUACAGCUGGAUCGUACUUGUCCAUGGGGUUAUUGUACGGAGCAAUUUAUUGCAUUCCUGUAGUGACUACAGCCAUGAUUCGUGCAUUUUUUCCUGAUGCCAUUUGGGGUAUUCGAUUGGUGAAUGCACUUGAUGGAACAAGUCGACAAUAUGUUGGACGCAAUACAUCGCAACCGUUUAGCAAUUAUUUACAAUAUUCACUCUCGUGGUACUUGAUCUUUUUUGGCAAAUUUCUAUUUGCACUACAAUUCAUGAUUCGUCCAUUAAUGGGUCCAUCGAUUGAAAUUUACGAUAUUGAUGUUGAAGACGAUGGUUUGUUUCAAUCGGGCAAUAAUUUAUUGUUCAUUUUUGCGUUAUGGGCACCCGUUUUUGUCGUGUACAUGUACGAUGCACAAAUUUGGUUCAUUUUGUACCAAUCGAUUGUCGGGCUGAUUAUGGGGAAACGCAUGCAAUUAGGUCAUUACGUCGGAUUGGCGCAGCUUAAAAUUGGUAUGGCAGCAGCACCAAAAUUAUUUGAUGACAAAGUUGUGUCGCGAUUGACCCAAAAACCCAAUCCAGAAGCUGCUACGCCCGUGUCCAAUCACGACCAUGUCGGCGAACUACGUCAUCGUGAUGUCAUUCUGCUUCGUUUUGCUAUCAUUUGGAAUCAAGUUGUGGACAAUUUCCGUCUGAAUGACUUGUUAGACGAUCGUGAGACUGUUAUUCUCCAGUACCGAAUUUUAAACAGGGGUGAAAAGAUUCAAGAACCUAUUUUUCUUUUGGCUGGAAAAUUGGCUAAAGCUGUUGAAAUUGCAAGCAAAUGUAGGUCUAAUAGAUGGGACGUUGCAACAUUAAUUAAACACGUUGCGUCAGCCGAUGCACUUGAAGGAAUGAAAAAUGGGAUGGAAUUAUUGCGUGAAAUCUUUCACCUAUUACUUGGCGAAAGUGACGAUGAAAAUGGUGCUAUAAGUGUCGUUGAGUACAUUUAUUCGUCUCCAAAUGUUGUGAAUCUGCUUGAUUUUACGUAUUUGCCGCAAUUAGCCAAUAAUAUUGUCGAAUUGCUAGCUGUGAUUUUAGAUAUGCCCGAAGAUAUCGCAACCAUUGACUCUUUAAAUACCACUCGCGAUGAAUUGCGUAUGGAGUUGCAUGUUCAAGUGGCUCAAGUCGUUGAUCGAAUGCGUGCCAUUGCUCUCACUAUCGAGCUUAUGCUGCAUGAUGAUGCAAUAGCUCGAAAACUUCAUACGUGUCGUUUUUUACAAACUACAAGGGAUUUGGACUUUCAAACAAUUCAACUCAUUCGUCUUUACAAAGCCGAUGCGAGGAUGGAAACGGGAUUAAUUGCCGUUCAUCCUCGGACCGAUCGACAAGCAAUUAUGUCGCGAUUUGCACACGAAGAUUUUAUUUCGAGUUGUACUCGAUUAUUUUUCUUAUUGCAAUUGGAUGUAGCAAGUUCAUUACCACGUUGUGAAGAUGCAAAACGUCGAAUGGGCUUUUUCUUGCAUUCUUUAGCAAUGGACAUGCCACAUGUACACUCUUUAGAAGCCAUGCCAUCUUUUUCAGUAAUGACUCCAUAUUAUUCUGAAACGGUCUUGUUUACUUUAGAAGAAUUAAACAAUCCAGUGCAUUCAAAUCCAUUGUUUGCUGAAUUAGAAAAGAAACAAAAAGCGAAAGGAUGGACAGAAUUGACGAUUCUGAAAUAUUUGAUUACGUUCCAUGCUGAAGAAUGGAGCAAUUGUCUUGAACGGAUGGGUGCGAGUUCAUUAGAAGAAGCACUUGAGAUUAACGCUCAAGAAGUACGUUUAUGGGCAUCAAUGCGUGGUCAAACGUUAGCACGAACGGUGCAUGGAAUGAUGCUAUAUGAAGAUGCAAUCCGACUUUUGCGAUGGCUCGAAGUUUAUUCACUUGAGUCAAUGGGAUUAAAUGAGAAAUUGGAUGAAAUGAAUCGUAUUUCUGCGUUAAAAUUCUCCUACAUUACGGGUUGUCAAAUUUACUCGAAACAAGUUGCGAAUAAUGAUCCAAGAGCAGCGGAUAUUGAUUAUUUGAUGAAGAAGUUUCCAAGUUGGCGUGUGAGUUUUGUUGAUUCGAUUAAAGAGAAGAUUGGCGAGAAGGAGGUUGAACGAUUUGAUUGUGUCUUGGUGAAAUCGGAAGGGGGGGAGAUUGUUGAAGUCUACCGGUAUGAAUUACCCGGAAAUCCAAUUCUUGGGGAAGGGAAACCGGAGAAUCAGAAUGUUGCGCUGCCAUUUACACGUGGUGAGUAUCUUCAAACGAUUGAUAUGAACCAAGAACAUUAUCUUGAAGAAUGUUUGAAAAUGCCAAAUUUUCUUGCUACGGCUACUAGUACAGGGGAAGAAGUGACAGUCCUUGGAAUGAAAGAACACGUUUUUACUGGUCGUGCGUCGUCUUUAGCGCGAUUCAUGACACUCCAAGAGCUCGUAUUUGUCACGCUUACACAACGUGUACUAGCAAAACCUCUUCGUUCUCGAAUGCAUUAUGGACAUCCGGAUGUGUUUGAAAAAUCGUUUGUUGUUACAAGCGGUGGUGUUUCCAAAGCAAGUAAAGGUAUUAAUCUUUCGGAAGAUGUGUUUAGUGGUUACAAUGUUACAUUACGUGGUGGAUUAGUCACCCAUGUCGAAUUUAUGCAAUGUGGUAAAGGACGUGACGUGACAUUGAGUCAAAUUAAUGCGUUUGAAGCGAAACUUUCGAACGGUUGUGCUGAAAGUUGUUUAAGUCGAGAAGGUCAUCGCUUAACGAAUUCAUUGGACUUUUCGCGUCUCAAUUCAAUGUUCUACGGACACUUUGGCUUUUAUAUUUGCAAUGCACUUACAGUCUUUUGCGUCUACGUUUAUGCGUAUUCACGUCUUUAUGUUGCGACGCACUCGGAAGUCGAAGUGACGGCCAUUAUGACGACAGAUAGCUUGAAUUCCUUGGCCAAUGUCAUGACGACCCAAUAUCUUCUUCAAUUCGGGAUGCUGACAACUUUACCACUCUUUGCAACACUCUUUGUGGAGUUUGGCUUUCAACAAGCAGCACUAAAAGUCAUUGAACUCAUUUCAACACUGGGUAUUGUCUUUUACGUCUUUUUAACCGGAACAAAAGCGCAUUUUUUUGAUGUUGCACUCAUUCGUGGUGGCUCCAAGUAUCGUGGAACUGGUCGUGGAUUUUCGAUCACACGAGAUCCAAUGGUGAAUUUCUUUAAAGAAUAUGGUGUUUCACACUUUCGAAAAGCAGUGGAACUAAUUGGAAUCAUGAUUCUCUUUGGUAUCUACGGAUCAUUUGAUCUUGGAUCGGGGGCAUUAGAAGACUUUUGUGCGACUGCAGACUUUGAUUGUGAUCGAAAUCCAGAUCUAAUUCCUGCUAACGUUACGUCUCUCGCAGCUUAUAGUGAAAAGUCACAAAGUUAUGGCAUAGCAUCGUUUGCUGUAUUGUUUCUCGGCGCGUGUUGGUUAAUGGCGCCAUUUGUCUUUAAUACUGAUGGCUUGGUUUUUCAAAAAUCCAAAUUAGAUAUUGCAAAUUGGUUCGCGUGGAUGAUGCGCUCGGAACAUCAAGAUGAAGAUAAAGAAGGAAGCAAUGCAUCGAAAGAUGGUUGGAUCGAGUGGUGGAAGUCGGACGUGGAUUUAAUGCUGCCAUUAGGUGGCAUGGGACGUCUCACGUACUGCAUUCGGGAACUUCGUCAUCCUCUGGCCACGUAUUAUGUAUUUAUGACUGAAUUUACUUUACCAUGGUUUGCUCUGUUGUUUUCAGCUAUGGCCGUAACGUGGACUAUUCUAUGGCUUGGAAAUCGUAUCCAUCAUUGUAUUUCCAAGCAUCGUCAACUUAAAUCUCUAUCGAUACAGGGAAUUUUGUACAUGAUUUGUGUCAUUGGUGGUAUCUUGUUAAUUCCAUUAAUUUUUGGCGUCAUCGGUGGAUGGUCAGUUCACAAAUGCUUUACGUUGUCGGUAUCCAUUUUUCUUGGCUUGAAUUCGAUUGUGCAAUAUGCAUUAGCAUUCAAUGGUAUCUUUGGUCUUGAAGUCGCCAUGUUUAGUCCCAUUCUGGCCCUUGGCUUUCUCAUGGACAUGAUUGUCGGACUUUUUCUUGUUAUCCCGCUCUUUCUUUUGUCACUCUUGCCGUUCAUGCGAAUUCUCCAAACUCGUGCUAUGUACAAUGGAGGCUUUUCGAGGGCUUUGAGCUCUGGCUCAGAAGUAGCUGCAUCGCUUGUGAUCUUAUUGGGUGUAUGGGGUGGAUUUAUUCACGGCUUCACAACAUCCUUUUUGUUCACGCUUGGCUAUAUCAACGAUCGAAGUGACAAUUUUAUGAAUCGCUCGUUUUACUAUUUCGUGACGACGAAAUUACCGAAUAAUGGCGUUGAUAUGCUACGAUAUAUGGAUGAUGGGUAUCUUCAGAUGCUAUGUGCUGGUAUUAGUAUUGUAGCGCUGUUCUUAUCACUUUUGAUCGGUCGAAUUCUGGGUCGACGAGUGAAUAUGGUGCUUGGAAGUAGUUUAAUUUUUAUAUCUGUUGGUUUGAACUUUAUUACAAGCACAUCCGUGAUUUUAGUGGCGUGUGGUAUGGCAGCUAUGGGAGCUGCGAUUAUGGCGAUGAAUUACCUUCUUUGGAGUUAUGAAAUCUGCACAAAAGGUUGGCGUGGUAAGAGUGUCACGAUCUUUUUAAUGGGUUCGAUGAUUGGAUGGCUGGUACAUGCGCUUUUAAUGGCUAAUACAAACGCGACGACAAUGGCAGAAGACUGGGAUAAUGAACCAACCGACAUGUGGCGUCUUCAGCCGCUCUUUGUUUUGCCUGCGCUUAUUUUAGCCUUCUUUGGAAUUUUGUGGUUUGUACCAGAAAGUCCUGUGUGGUUACUAGCACACAAACAAGAGGAGCCAGCACGUGAGGUGCUAGUCCGCCUACGUCGACGACUGAAUGUUAUGCCAGAAGUUGAGCUCAUUAAGGCUGAGUUAGCGCAGAAAACAAGACAGAAUCACCUUUUAUUUCGCUUAUCAAUUGUCUGUGCGCUUCAAGCGUUGUUCGGAUUCAUUAUGUCACAAACUGUGCUUGUCCGUCGGACGCUUCAGGUGAAUGCCAAUGAUAAUUUAAGCGCAAAUAAUUAUUGGCAAGUCUACUUUGCACUGUGCUGUGCUAUUGGCUAUGCAUUUGGAAGCUUCUUAGUUGACAAUGUACGUCGGAAAACGAUUCUUAAGGAAUUUUUGCCGUUUGUUGCGUUGAUGGCGUUUACUUGUGGAGUCAUUGGUGCCGUCUCGAGAGCCGACGGUGGUUUGGUCCAAGCGGUUUUAUGUUUGCUCUACAUUUCAGCAGGUCUCAGUCUCAUGAGCGUCACGUGGCUAGCAGCCUUGGAAAUGUUUCCCGCAUCACGUCGACCGCUUUAUUGGACACUGUCGUUGUGUGUGUAUUACGCAGUCCAGAUUGUUGUAUUCUUUGUCAAGCCGUCGUUUGCCUUAUCAAACUUUGUGCUGGCUGGCGGCUGUAUUGUGCUCACGGCAGUGCUAUUUCUCUUUUGUGCCAGCACAAAAUUGGGCGCAAUUCAGACGAAGGCUGAGAAAAGGUACCAACGAUCGCUUCGCCCAGCUGUACCUGAAGUAAGUGAUGCAACGAAUGUAAUGGAAGUAGACGAUGUGCACAAACAGCAAACGCGGAUCGCCCAGACGUCAGCAAUGAAUCGUUCAGGUAUUGCAGCGAGUCAAAUGAAUUUGGGCAUGUCUGGAAUUGGAUCUAUGGGACCCUAUUCAAGCAGUGCGUCAUCACAGGCACGCCACAAUGCAUCGCAAUUUGGUUUUAGCGGAGCGACAAUUGACGAGGUGGAUGAACCGAUGCCUUCUAAUGCUCCAGAAACCCGCGAUCAAUUUAGUUUCCGCCGUCUUGAAAGUGGUGAGGAGCCAAAAAAUCCACGAGCCGAAAGUUAUGGAUUAAGCACCGGCUUGAGUCGAAUUGAUAGCUCGGAGACAUCAUCGAUUGAUUUAUCAAACGUCACAAAUGACCGUCAUAACCUCAUGUCGCGAAUGUCAUCUACAUUUGACUUUGAAGCUGAAUUUGAAGCUGAGCAUUUAGAAGAUUUGCGUCAAGGCCAAGUGAGUUAUCCACGUGGUCAACCACGCUCGGUGUCAUUUUUGCAGUCCCAGCGAUAUCCUGAUGCUGAUUUACUUGCUGAGACACAAGCUGCUCGAUUGUAA